CGUUUGUCUGUCUUCUCAUCAUCCAGGCGUAGCUGCUGUCCCUGCCUACACCGCCAGCCAAGAUGGUCGUGCUGUCGCUCAAAAUCUGCGUGCGCCAAUGCAACGUUGUGAAGACGAUGCAGUUCGAGCCCUCCACAGCUGUCUACGAUGCGUGCAGGAUUAUCCGAGAGAGGGUCCCCGAGGCUCAAACUGGACAGGCCUCGGAUUACGGCCUCUUCCUGUCCGAUGAAGACCCCAGGAAAGGGAUCUGGUUGGAGUCUGGAAGGACCCUGGACUAUUACAUGCUCCGUAACGGGGAUAUUCUUGAAUACAAGAAGAAGCAGAGGCCCCAGAAAAUCAAAAUGUUGGAUGGAGCCGUUAAAACAAUCAUGGUGGAUGACUCAAAAACUGUGGGCGAGCUGCUUGUGACUAUUUGCAGCAGAAUAGGAAUCACAAACUAUGAGGAGUACUCUCUGAUCCAGGAGACGGUGGAGGAAAAGAAAGAGGAUGGUAUGGGUACGCUGAAGAAGGACAGGACACUGCUGCGGGAUGAGAGGAAGAUGGAGAAGCUGAAAGCCAAACUGCACACAGACGAUGAUUUGAACUGGCUGGACCACAGCAGAACAUUCAGAGAGCAGGGCGUGGACGAGAACGAGACCCUCCUGCUUAGACGCAAGUUCUUCUACUCGGACCAGAACGUGGACUCAAGAGACCCUGUCCAACUCAACCUGCUUUACGUACAGGCACGAGACGACAUCCUAAACGGUUCCCACCCAGUGUCAUUUGACAAAGCCUGUGAGUUCGGAGGCAUCCAGGCCCAGAUCCAGUUUGGACCUCACAUAGAGCAUAAACACAAGCCUGGAUUCUUGGAUCUGAAGGAGUUCUUGCCCAAAGAGUACAUAAAGCAGCGAGGAGCUGAGAAGAAAAUAUUUCAGGAACACAAAAACUGCGGAGAGAUGACAGAGAUCGAAGCCAAAGUGAAGUAUGUCAAACUGGCGCGGUCUUUGCGGACGUACGGUGUCUCCUUCUUCCUCGUCAAGGAAAAGAUGAAGAGCAAAAACAAGCUUGUGCCUCGGCUCCUGGGUAUCACGAAGGAAUCGGUGAUGAGAGUGGAUGAGAAGACCAAAGAUGUGGUUCAGGAGUGGCCGCUCACCACCGUGAAGAGGUGGGCCGCGUCCCCCAAGAGCUUUACGCUGGACUUCGGGGAGUACCAGGAGAGCUACUACUCGGUGCAGACCACCGAAGGGGAACAGAUCUCUCAGCUCAUCGCCGGCUAUAUUGAUAUCAUCCUCAAAAAGAAGCAAAGCAAGGACCGUUUUGGAUUAGAAGGUGAUGAGGAGUCAACAAUGCUGGAGGAAUCGGUUUCUCCUAAAAAGUCAACGAUACUUCAGCAGCAGUUUAACCACGUGAGCCAAGUGAACGAGAGCUCCGUGGCGGUGCCAGGGGUGAUCCGCUCUGGCUCGAUCGGCACAGAGUCGCUCAGCAUGGGCACCAUGCCGUCCCCGCAGCAACAGAUCACCAUGGGUCAGAUGCACCGCGGCCACAUGCCUCCGCUGAGUUCAGCGCAGCAGGCUCUGAUGGGAACCAUCAACACCAGCAUGCAAGCCGUUCAGAAGGCCCAGAUAGACCUGGGAGAGGUCGACGACCCCCCUCCCCUGGGCCAGGACAUGGCGUCCAAAGUGUGGAUCCAGAACAAGGUGGACAAAUCCAAGCACGAGAUCCACUCACAGGUCGACGCCAUCACUGCUGGAACGGCCUCUGUCGUGAACCUCACAGCCGGUGAUCCCACUGACACAGACUACACAGCGGUGGGCUGCGCCAUCACCACCAUUUCCUCCAACCUGACGGAAAUGUCGAAGGGUGUGAAGCUGUUGGCCUCGCUGAUGGAGGACGACGUGGGAGGAGGCAACGACCUGAUGAAGGCUGCCAGAACGCUCGCCGGAGCCGUGUCCGACCUCCUGAAGGCCGUGGAGCCGACGUCCGGAGAGCCCAGACAAACGGUGCUGACGGCUGCAGGCAGCAUCGGCCAGGCCAGCGGAGACCUCCUGCGCCAGAUCGGAGAGAACGAGACAGACGAGAGGUUCCAGGAUAUCUUGAUGAAUUUGGCCAAAGCAGUGGCCAAUGCGGCAGCCAUGUUGGUGCUGAAGGCCAAGAACGUGGCCCAGGUUGCGGAGGACACCGUCCUACAGAAUCGGGUCAUUGCUGCCGCGACACAGUGCGCCCUGUCCACCUCCCAGCUUGUGGCAUGUGCAAAGGUGGUGAGCCCGACCAUCAGCUCCCCGGUUUGUCAGGAGCAGCUGAUCGAAGCCGGGAAGCUGGUGGACCGCUCGGUGGAGAGCUGUGUCCAGGCCUGCCUCUCGGCCACCGAGGACGGGGAGCUCCUCAAGCAGGUGAGCGCGGCGGCGGGCGUUGUGAGUCAGGCCCUGGCAGAUCUCCUGCAGCAUGUGCGUCAGUACACGGCGAGGGGCGAGCCGAUCGGGCGCUAUGACCAGGCCACAGACACCAUCAUGACCGUCACAGAGAGCAUCUUCAGUUCAAUGGGAGACGCAGGAGAGAUGGUGCGGCAGGCUCGGGUUCUGGCUCAGGCCACGUCGGACCUGGUGAACGCCAUGAGGUCCGACGCUGAGGUCGAGGUGGACGUCGACAACUCCAAGAAGCUGCUGGCAGCUGCCAAGCUGCUCGCAGACGCCACCGCAAGGAUGGUGGAGGCAGCGAAGGGCGCAGCAGCGUACCCAGAGAAUGAGGACCAGCAGCAGAGACUGAGGGAGGCUGCUGAGGGGCUGCGAGUGGCCACCAACGCUGCGGCUCAGAACGCCAUCAAGAAGAAGCUCAUCAACAGACUGGAGAACGCCGCCAAGCAAGCUGCGGCUGCCGCCACGCAGACCAUCGCUGCUGCUCAGAACGCCGCCGCCUCCAACAAGAACACAGCAGCUCACCAGCAGCUGGUGCAGAGCUGUAAGGCUGUUGCAGACCACAUCCCGCAGCUCGUCCAAGGAGUACGAGGCAGCCAGGCCAAACCGGAGGACCUGAGUGCACAGCUGGCCCUUAUCAUUGCCAGCCAGAACUUCCUGCAG